AAAAAACGUACUGUGAGGAUUUCCUGUGAUUUAGUUCCUGGAACAAGGAUUCCUUGACAUGCAGCUCAGCUCCAAUGCUCUGACCCGGUUCUUCCUGAACAAGCAGACAUCGUGUCUUCUCUGCAGUGACCUUGGUACAUCAUUUCUCAUGGCAGUGUUUCAGACCACUCCGUGGAGGUUGAUUUCUGGGACCUUAGGACUAAUAUGUCUUUUGUUGGCGGCUACUUUGGGAAUUUUGUUCAAUUCAUUUACUGAACCACAUAAUGAAUCAACCGUGUCUCCAGGCCCCAACAAAGAACUCCAGGAAGCCUCUGACUGCUGUCAUUGUCCAGAGAAGUGGGUUGGGUACCGAGGCAACUGUUACUUCAUUUCUACUGAAGAGAAAACUUGGGAAGAAAGUAGGAAAUUCUGCGUUUCUCAGGAUUCCAGUUUGCUUCAGCUUCGAAACAAAGAUGAACUGGCUUUUAUGCCCUCCAAUAAACGCUUUUACUGGACUGGACUCUCUUACAAUGAAGAACGUGCUGCCUGGUUUUGGGAGGAUGGCUCUCCUUUAUCACGGGAUUUAUUUCCAUUGAUUAAAAGCCCAAAUCCAAAGAAAUGCAUAAUAUAUCGUGCAACAAACAGUGGUAUGGAUGAGUCUUGUGAAGAGGAAAAUCUUUAUAUCUGUAAACAAGAACUUAUUUGUUUCUUGAGGCAGAGUGGGGACUAAGGAUCCAGGAUUACUAAGAAUGAGCUGAAAGUGCCAGAUGACGAUUUCCUUGUAUCAUCUUGCUCCAGAGGGGAACACAUUUGUAAGCUUGUGCAUCAGUAAAAGGGUCAUUGCCAUGUACAAAAAUGAUCUCAUUCUGUUUCUAAAAGUUAUGUGUUUACUACUGAAAAAUUCCUUUCAUAGAGGG